ACAGAUAAAUUGUAAACAAAUGUUAGGGAUGGCGAGUCCCAGCGUCUUUAUUACUGUAGUAAAAGUAAAGUAACUGGUUCUGCUUUUGCUCUCUAUAUCGUACUGGCACGUUGUUGCUCAUUCAUUACGGAAAAGUUGAAAAAGCGUUAUCAAUAUAAUGCUUAGGUGUCCGUUUGCUGUGACAUGAAUAUUGAGUUUGAUAAGAUAGAUGUUUUGCUCACAUGUCGAUAACCAUUGAUAACUGAGUUAGUAGAAAUUACCUACCAUCAGCAGGUAACAAUGAAAGAAACUCUUCCCAAUUUCAUCGAGCAUCCACUGGUUCACUUCCGGCAGCGCUUUGACUGGGACUGCGGGUUGUCCUGUAUUUUCAUGCUACUGGGACGUAGCGAAAGACGCCAGUUUCUGAACGAUUUCAAGGACAUCUGCCGGUCUGGUGGUUUUGGAGAGAGCACUUGGACUAUUGACCUGUGCUACUUACUCAAGGAUUUCGGCAUUAAGCACAAAUAUCUCACCACAACUUUCGGUGCAAAUCCCUCCCAUCUUGGGAAGGAGUAUUAUAAAUGCUUCAAUGAAGAUGAAAUACGAGUCAACGAAAAAUUCCGAAAUGCAAAUUUUCGUGGAAUUUCUAUAGAAACUAUAUCCGUGCCGUAUGAUUACCUAAUACAGCAUUUAGGGUGUCAUGGAAAUAUUAUAUUACUUACCAGCGCCUCUCUAUUGUACUGCGAUCUUUGUAAAGUAAAUAAACUGUCAAUGGAACUCAGGUCGUGUUUAGGACUAAAAUCGGCUUAUAUGGGCCACUACAUUAUACUUUGUGGCUACGACCAACGAAUUCAAAAAUUCAUGUACAGAAAUCCUGCCUUUAAAGAUAAAGUAUGCUUCAUGUCUUUCGAUGCUAUGGAUCGAGCGCGUAAAGCUAAUGGAACUGACGAGGACAUAAUUCUUAUCUACGACAAACUUUUGUGAUAUAUCACUGAAAAACCAGGAGUGAAUACAUUCGAAUAAGAAUUUCGGCUGUUCUAAUCAUUAGUGUAAACUAUAGCAUUCGUUACAACGAGUUUAUUUGCUAUUAUGCCAUCGUUACCUUAAUAGUCCUAAUACCUAAGUUCUAUUGAUUUGCUUUGUACAUUGUAUUCUGAUUAAAACGAACAACCUAAAAUGUGUCACAUUAUAAUA